AUGAACACCACACACGUUCCAGAGCCGCACAGAACAGAGCAACACACCGAGAACCUGCAACACUGGAGGAAGAUCCUCGGUAUUGCUCCAAUCGUGUCAAUUGCAUUCCCAGCCAUCAUGUACUUCAUCUUCACCAAAGACAGUUUUGAAGAUAGCCUUUUCCUCAGAUUCAUCACAAUACUCCUCUCCUUUUCAUACUCAGCAGUACAGUAUGCCGUACUACUCCACACCAACUGGAAGUCACAUAACAAACCAGAGGGCAUCCUGCACACCACAUUAUACUACACCCUCAAUCUCCUGCUUCUUGCAUUUUCCAUCAUCUCCAUCCUUUCAAUCACUACACUCCCCAUUAAUAAAUGGAAAAAUGAUGGUGGUCCAAUUUUAUUUUCUAUCUUCCUUCCCCCUCUCUUCAUGUCACCUGCCUAUCUCCUCUCCACCUCCUGCCGCCUUGUUCCAGGACAGAUUGGAUUCACAGACACCGGUAUCAACGUCCUUAUCGACAUCCUGACACUACUAUGCUCUGUAGGAAGUCUAUUACUUAUCUUAGAAGAAUCCGAGUAUUGUUAUUGCUUUGCAAUCAUAUCUUCUAUACUCAUCCUGAUACGAUUGCUCGGGGAGAAGCUCUCUCCAGAGAAACAGAGCCCUCCCCCUACUGCACCAUGGAGAAUCGCGGUCUUUGUCCUUAUACUCAUCUUUGCUGCUCUCAUCUACGCAUUUAUGAUGUGGGUAUCUAUCGACAUCCUAAGUGAUCACUUUGACCUGCUUACCAAGGCAAGAAGUACCUCAGUAUCAAAACCUGGUCAAUAA